GCACCGGUGACACCGUUCUCAACAGUGACAGAGACCACAUCUGUAGACGGCAAAAUGGGACGUGUCAGAACAAAGACCACCAAGAGGGCUUCCCGUGUCCUCAUUGAAAAAUACUAUCCUCGGCUUACACUCGACUUCCACACGAACAAGCGUCUCAUCGAUGAAGUCGCCGUUGUUCCCUCGAAGCGCUUGCGCAACAAAAUUGCUGGAUUCACAACUCACUUGAUGAAGCGUAUUCAGAAGGGACCGGUCCGUGGCAUUUCGUUCAAGCUUCAGGAGGAGGAACGUGAGCGCAAGGACAACUACGUGCCCGAAGUGUCUGCACUUGACACCUCUGCCACCGGCGGUCUCGAGGUGGAUCCGGACACCAAAGAUCUCCUCACCGCGCUCAACUUCGAUAUCCCAGUCACUACCACCCAACCCGUUUCCAGCAUGCCAGAGCGCACGGGCAGACGCGACAGGCGGAACGUUCCGGGUGCAGGUCGUUAGUGUAUCUACUGCAGAGUCAUUGUGUUUUACUACGCCUUCAAAAUCAUAUUUGCAUUUACGAAUGUUGCUCAGCC